GGUGAAGCGGCUGAGCUAGGGAGGGCAAGCUCCGAAGCUGGGGGCUCUUCUCGCUCGCCGUGUGUCGCAGUGGUGGGCGCCCGCGGCCUCGGCAUGGGUCCCGUCGCAGGGCGGAGUUAGGACUCGCUGCUAGCAGCGCUCCGGUGCGUCUCGGACAGUUGGAAGAAGUAGGCGGAAUCGGACCAACGCCUUUCGCUUUGUCGUGCGAAGUAGAGAGAGAUUAGAAACAGAGCAAAGACCACUAUGACGGUGCCUACCGUGCUGACGGCAUCGCCGCUUUUUAUGCUCUUGCUGCUUCUGCUACGUGCAAGCCGGCCGGACUCGUCGGCAGUGCUCGCUGCACCGUCUCCGGCACCCGGUAACGACACAGCGACCGCAACCAGCGCCGCCGAGGCGACGUGCGAGUCGGACGCGGACUGCCGGCGACUGAGCUUCCAAGCUGCCACUGUGGGCAUUGCAUGCGACGCCUCCACUCGGCGCUGCAUCUGCUCCAACCGGACGCUCGUACUCACGCGCCGCGGGACGUGCCUGCCCAUUCGCAUGCUGGGACAACCCUGCCGGCGCAACGAGCAGUGCCUCAAGAUUGACAAGAACUCCGAGUGUGAUGACGGCUAUUGCAAGUGCAAGGACGGCUACUAUCUCUUCAAUGACAUCAACGGCACAUCCUGUCUACCAGACGUGGAGCUGCAGACAAUGCGCCCUUUCGGCAUGGAUCCCAAGACAGACAACAGCUUGUCCGAGGAGAACAUGGUGCCCAUUAUCGUCUGCCUGGCCAUCAUGUUCGUCGGCAUGUGCGUUGCCCUGCAGUUGUUCAGCAGGGCUCGUUUUCGCAACCAACGCACCAUUUUCAACACUCCAAACCCGCGGCUGUCACACCUCAAGUUGGACAGCAAGCGACGCCACAGUCACGCCAGCCUGCACGCGGGCUCCCGGAGGGCGAGUGCCUGUUCCCAGAUGUCCCCUUCCAAGAUGGGAAGCAGGGUCGGAAGUAGGGCUGGAAGCAGAGCCGGAAGCAGGAGCGGAAGCCCCGACGUACGGCGCUCUUCACUUUUCAGCAUCACGGAGAGCACCACGGAUCCAAGGACGGCGGACAUACUCUGA